AUGAAAUUUGAUCCUUGUGUUCCUCUUGAGAGACAACUUUCAAGAAAACCUGAUAGAGUACAAGAUGAACAAUAUAAGUCCUUAAUUGAAUAUUGGAUGUCUGACAAGUCUAAGGAAAUCAGCAAAAAGAACAAAGAAACUCGUGCUCAAUUGGAGUUGAUUCAUCGCAUGGGCAAGAAAAUCUAUGCAUUAGUGAGAGAAGCUUGGAAAAAGAAGAAAGGGGAAUACCCAUCGAAAGUGGAUUUGUUUAAAGAGUGUUAUUAUCGAGUUGGUGACCCGCGUAUUAGUGCAGUAAUCCAAGAUGCUGUUGAACAGAUGGAAGACUCGGAUGAACAUGAACAAGAGCUUGAUGGUUCAAAUGACACCAAUGGUCUGGAUAAAGCUAAUGAAAAAUUUGAAAUGGUGAUGGGUAAAGACAAGAAUGGGUAUGUGCGUUUGUGUGGUUUAGGAGUGAGUCGCUCAGAUAUUUAUGGACCACUUCCAAGUCGUGAUGCAAGUUAUAGACUUGCAAUGGAGUACAAAAUGAAAUAUGACGCUUCUCUGGAUUAUAAAAGAAAAUAUGAGGCUCUAUUAACAAAACUUCAUGGAGGAGAGCUAGGUGCUGGAGAGUCGAAGAAAAGUGGUGAAGAGUCUGAUGCACUCAAUGUCCAAUUUGCUUCUUCAAAUAGCCGCCAAUCACCUGGAUCAACAUCGCGCUCAAGAGAUAUACGGGUGCAUUCUAGAGUUGUUUUAAAAAGUUUGGAGAACAUAAACGAAGUAGUUGCUAGUGGUUAUGUUAUCUCUAUGGAUGUUGUAAGAGUGAAUGGUGAAGACUUGGGUAAAGGGUGGUGUGAGAUAAGUGUUCAGCACCGAAUGAAAAAUUACGUUCAUCUUAUCAAACCAUAUGAUCAUAUACAAACGAUAGGUGACUCUCUUGGAGCUCCUGUGGCCUGGCCUUUGUCUUUGGUCGAUUUGGAUCAAAAUGAUGAUUGA